AUGGACAAUGUUUACGCGGAGUUAGACGAUGCCAAAGCAGAGGUGGAGAAGCUCAAGGCUGAAUGCCGAAUCAAAACGCAACUCCUCGAGAGUUUAAAGAAAGAUCGCGACGAAGAACUUCUCAGAUUCAAAGAAACUACGCAACGGUUGGAGGAACAAGCACGCGAGCUCAAUCUCAAGUCUGAAGAGAUGUAUGAGCUGAAGAAAAUUAUAGAAGGUUUAAAGUCAAGUUUGCAUGAAAAAGAAACGCACAUUGUGCAUUUGAGUUCAGAGAAUAAGAAGAUCCAAGCAAACUGUGCUGAGAGGUUGCUCAAAUUGGAUGAAAUUAAUAGAGAGUUGGUGUUGGCUUUAGAUGAAUCGAGAGCUAGAAACGAUUCUCUCGAGCAGAAUGAUUGUGCCAGUAGUAAGGAAAUUUCAAGCCUUAGGGCACUCCUAUGGGCUACAGAGAAGAAGUGUUCAGAAGCAGAGGAGAAAGCUCAGCAAGCCACGACACUGAGGCGCAGAGAUGACGUGAUACUGCAAUUGGAGGAAGAAAAUAUCAGCGUGCAGGAUAAGAUUAAAUGGAGGAACGAACAGUUCAAGCAUCUUGAAGAAGCUUAUGAAAAGCUUCAGGUUCAGUUUCGCUUGAGCAAGGAGGAGUGGGACAAGGAGAGAUCUGCAAUGCUUGAGGAAAUGUCUUCCUUGCAGACUAAUUUGGAUUCUCAAACAAGAAAUGUGGAGGGGCUUCAAUCGCGUUUGGAGAUGUGCAACCACGCGCUAGCACAUGAAGAGAGCAAGAGGAAACUCUUGGAAGCUGAAAUAUCUGAAUUCAAGACUACCUUUGAGGAUGUUUAUAGCCAGCGUGAGGAAAAGAAGUCGGAGAUACAGCAAUUGACUAUUCUGAGGAAUGAUGAAAUAGCGCAGCUGAGAAAUUCAUUAGGAGAGAAAGAGACUCAUGUGAGAGAGUUGGAACAUAAAAUUGUUCACCUUGAACAAGAUAAUCAGGAAUUGGGGGAUUCACUUAAAGAAUUGAGUGAAGCUCAAAUCCGUAAUGGUGGAGCAAAUUCUUUGACAUCAAAGCUCCGCUACAAGCUUAGACGGUUGGAAGAGGUACAUAAAACCUGUUCCUCAAUUCUCAAGUCUAAAGAGUCUGAAUGGUAUAAUCAAGUGGCAAAGAUGGAAGCAGAUAUUGUUACUUGCAAGUCUACAGUGACCAAUAAAGAACAGGAAAUAAAGGAGCUUCAGAUAGAAUUGGACAAUUGUUAUCAUGCAAUUGAAGAGAAUCGUAUGGGACUCUUGAUCUUUGAGUCUGAACUUGCUGAGGCUUACUCCAAAUCAUUUAGUUCAGAAACUGAUAAAGCAUUUUGUGUCAAGGAGAAUGAAAAUAUGGUUGUGAUUUCUACUGAGCGAUUGAGAGUGAAAGACAAUUCUCUAGAGACUAUGGCACGGCAGCAAUUUCUGUUGGAGGAAGAGCUUGGACAACAAAAGAAAAAGCUUGCGGAAUCAUAUGCGGAUCAACUCAUCUUGAAAGAGCAACUCUUGCUGAUGGAAAACACCCUACAGUAUGAAAAAAGCGUUGCGGUUGAGUCUACAGAAAUGUUGAAACUUGAAAUAGCCAAUAAAAAUGAUGAACUAUCUCGAUUAGAUUGUGAAGUACAAGAGUGGAAGUCUGCUGCUGAAACCCUUAAAGUCUCCAAUGAAGAAAUUCAGGGAACUUGUAAAAAGAUGGAAACUUCCCAUCUAUCACAAAUUGAGAGAGAGCAAGCCCUUAAGCAGACAAAUGAAAAUCUUCUCUGUAUUGUUAAGGAUCAAGAGAGAAAAACUGAAGACCUUCAACUGCAGAUUGCUUCAUUGGAAAUGUGCAAUGCAGAGAAAAUGAAGGAAGCAGAAAUAUAUAAGCAAGAGAGAGAGAGUCUUAUCCAAAUUGUAGAGAAGAAGGAUUGCUGCAUAAAAGAUCUGGAGAAAGAUAUAGGCAUUAAUUGCUUGAAGCAAGAAUCCAUGGAAAAAAAAUUAGAAGAUGCAAUUCAAGCACAGCUGGAUGCAGAAAAAGCCCUUGAGCAGGAGAAAGAGAUUCAAUUGAAGGUUAAAGAAGAGAAAGAUCUAAAAAUAAAAUACUUUAAGGAGCUUGCUACUGCAUUAGAGCAAGAUCUGUUUGGUGCACUGUGUUUCUCUUUCUCAAAACAAGUGGAAAAGUGGGUUGGAGACAGUGUGCUUAGUGAGGCCUUAAAGAAUGCAGAAUGCCUGGCAAAGCUAGAAAUUGAAGAGAAGAACAUGAGAAUUGUGAAAUCAGAAGAAUCAUUCUUCCAUUUGAAACAAGAAGCAAAGCAGCUUCAAGCAUCAUUAGAAGCCAUGAAGUUGAAAACUGAAAAUUUGUCAGACAAACAGCGGACCAUGGAAUAUAUAAUUAAAGAGCUCAAGUUUGAUAAAGGAAAUUUGCUCCAAGAUAUCAUGAAAUUGUCGACAGAAAGGGAAGCUAUGUUGGCACAUAUUGAAGACAUCUAUGGCAGAAUUGGAGAGUUGUCUAGUGAGGAUAUGCAACUGGUAGAGAGGCUGGGGAAUGCGUUGAAGACUUCUGUGGAUGAAAAUGAAAUAGCACUUAGCUCAGUAGUUUGUGACAAGCUACAUGAUUCUAAAGAUAGCGCAAAUGGUCGUCUUUUCCCUCCCACAAUUAAAAAAUUUGAAGAUAUUGAAGGACGAUCGCCACUGAGGGAGGUAAAUAGUUUGCCCACGUAG